UUCGCGGCUCUGCCAGGGUUACGCUAAACAGAGUUGCCAAGUCAUUGAACUAUCGAUACUUUUCGCGGCUUUCUGGCUGCUCAUCUCUAAAGCGUGGAAUUUACAUUUAUUUUGUUCGCAAUAAACAAUGGCGAGCGAAGACCUUUUCCAGCAUGAAUUCUCCGAAGAACAAGACUUGGAGCUCGGGCAAGUCAUGGAGACGGAGGCAGUGGAGCAAGUGGAAGCUGAUGAGCCCACCGAAGUGAUAGAGGAUUCGGAAGAGAAUCCCCCAAAGGAAGCUGCCACCGAAAAGGCUACAGACAAGCCGGUAACAAAUGGGGAGAAAACAAGCCCUGAACACGAGGCCAAGAUGACACAACUGCCAAUGGCUCGCAUACGGAACAUAAUGAAGCUGGAUCCGGAUAUGCAAGUUGCCAACAAUGAGGCUGUGUUUGCAGUGACCAGAGCCGUGGAACUUUUCGUUGCCUCAUUGGCCAGGGAAUCCUAUACGUACACCGUCCAGUCCAAGAAGAAAACCAUUCAAAAGCGGGACGUGGAAAUGGCCAUAUCGGCUGUGGACAGCCUGUUGUUCCUAGAUGGAGCCAUGAACUUUUGAACCAACUCUAAAUUAAGUUAUAUCCAUAAACACCCCGAGUAAAACACGAUUAUUUCAUAAUUGUAUUUAUUUGGGGAUACUUUUGCUGGAAACAUGUUCUGUUGUAUUCAGCCUAAUGAUUUAAAAUUAAAAAUAAUAUUUAAGUUGUAAAACAAUGGUCGACUCACAAAAACAAACAAAUUAAAAGAAAUAAUCAUAAGCGACAACGUUGGACGUUUCACAAUA